AAUUUACAUACGAAGCAUUUGUGUUUAGUGAGUCUGCCAGAUCUGAGGCAGUAGUGAUGACCAGGGAUGUUUUCUUGAUUAGUGCGUGAAGUUAACAAUUUUCCUGUCAAAAUGUAACGAGUUCUGUUGGGUGUCAGGAAAAAUGUAUGGAGUAAAAAGUACAUAAUUUUAUUUAGGAAUGUAGUGAAGUAAAAGUAAAAGUAGUCAAAAAUAUAAAUAGUAAAGUAAAGUACAGAAACCACAAAAAACUACAUAAGUAGUACUUUAAAUAAUUUUUACUUAAGUACUUUACACCACUUUAAACGCGUGGUUUCCAUGUAGUUGAUACCAUUUAAUUGACACCAUUGCAGCCAUUAUUAUGAGCCGACCUCCCCUCAGCAGCCUCCACUGGUGUCUGUGUGUGUGUGGUGUGUGUGUGGUGUGUGUGUGUGUGGUGUGUGUGUGGUGGUGUGUGUGUGUGUGGUGUGUGUGUGGUGUGUGGGUUGUGUGUGUAAGCGAGAGAGAGAGAGAUGGGGAGGGGGAGAGAGAGUGAGAAAAACUCCCACCUCUAACAUCCCUACUCUGUCCCCACAUCCAUAAACACCUCCUCUGAUCUCCCAUCUCACCCCUUAUAUUAUAUCUCUCUCCCUUCUCUCUGUCUCUCCCUUUCUCUCUCCCUUCUCUCUGUCUCUCCCUUUCUCUCUCCUCUCUCUCUCUCUCUCUCUCUCUCUCUCCCUCUCUCUCUCUAUCCUCUCUCUCUCUCCUCUUCUCUUCUCUCUCCCUCUCUCUCUAUUCUCUCUCCUACAGGUUUUGUCCCCCCACCAAUGUUUCAACGUCUCUGCAGUGUGUGAUGGCAACAUGGGCACUGUCUCCUGGACGGCCGUUGCCAGGGCGACAUGUACCUAGCAACUGCCACAGGUAACGACGGACACACCCACACCUGCAGCUCCAACUCCACUGACUGUUCCUUCACCGACCUGCACUGCUCGAGACCUACGCUGUCACCUGUGUUACCAUCGACAGGGGCUGCCAUAGCGACCCAGCCCCCUGACGUUGAACUCAGAACAGGUGAGAAGAGAGAGAGAGUCUGUCUGAUCUGUCUGUUAUGAAUAUCUUGUAGAUCUAGAACUCAAUUACAUCGUUAAAUUAAGCAAACCAGACGGCACAAUUGUGUUUAUAUUUUUUUUGACGGAUAGCCAGCGGCACACUCACACACUCAGACAUAAUUUACAUACGAAGCAUUUGUGUUUAGUGAGUCUGCCAGAUCUGAGGGCAGUAGUGAUGACCAGGGAUGUUCUCUUGAUUAAGUGCGUGAAGUUAACAAUUUUCCUGUCAAAAUGUAAACGAGUUCUGUUGGGUGUCAGGAAAAAUGUAUGGAGUAAAAAGUACAUAAUUUUAUUUAGGAAUGUAGUGAAGUAAAAGUAAAAGUAGUCCAAAAUAUUAAUAGUUAAAGUAAAGUACAGAAACCACAAAAAACUAAUAAGUAGUACUUUAAAUCAAUUUUUACUUAAGUACUUUACACCACUUUAAACGCGUGGUUUUCCAUGUAGUUGAUACCAUUAAUUGACACCAUUGCAAGCCAUUAGUUAUGAGCUCGACCUCCCCUCAGCAGCCUCCACUGGUGUCUGUUGUGUGUGGUGAUGUGUGUGUUGUGUGGUGUGUGUGUGUGUGUGUGUGUGUUUGUGUGUGUGUGUGUAAGCGAGAGAGUCGAGAGAGAGAGAUGGGGAGGGGGAGAGAGAGUGAGAAAAACCUCCCACCUCUAACAUCCCUACUCUGUCCCCACUCCAUACAAACCUCCUCUGAUCUCCCAUCUCACCCCUUAUAUUAAUAUCUCUCCCCUUCUCUCUGCUCUCCCUUUCUCCCUCCUUCCCCUUCUCUCUGUUCCUCCCCCUUUCUCUCUCUCUCUCUCUCUCUUCUCUCUCUCUCUCCUCUCUUCUCUCUCCUCUCUCUCUCUCUCUCCUCUCAAUCUCUCUCUCUCUCUCUCUCUCUCUCUCUCUGUCCUCUCCACUCUCUCCCUCUCUCUCUUUCUCUCCUCCUACAGGUUUUUGUCCCCCCACCAAUGUUCAACGUCUCUGCAGUGUGAUGGCAACAUGGGGCACUGUCUCCUGGACGGCCGUUGCCAGGGCGGACAUGUACCUAGCAACCUGCCACAGGUGAACGACGGACACACCCACACCUGCAGCUCCAACUCCACUGACUGUUCCUUCAACCGACCUGCACUGCUCCGAGACCUACGCUGUCACCGUGGUGUUACCAUCGACAGGGGCUGCCAUAGCGACCCCAGCCCUGACGUUGAACUCAGAACAGGUGAGAAGAGAGAGAGAGAGUCUGUCUGAUCUGUCUGUUAUGAAUAUCUUGUAGAUCUAGAAUUAAAUUACAUCUGUUAUAUUAAGCAAACCAGACGGCACAAUUGUGUUUAUAAUUUUUUUGACGGAUAGCCAGCGGCACACUCACACACUCAGACAUAAUUUACAUAUGAAGCAUUUGUGUUUAGUGAGUCUGCCAGAUCUGAGGCAGUAGUGAUGACCAGGGAUGUUCUCUUGUUAAGUGCGUGAAGUUAACAAUUUUCCUGUCAAAAUGUAACGAGUUCUGUUGGGUGUCAUGAAACAUUUAUGGAGUAAAAAGUACAUAAUUUUAUUUAGGAAUGUAGUGAAGUAAAAGUAAAAGUAGUCAAAAAUAUAAAUAGUAAAGUAAAGUACAGAAACCACAAAAAACUACAUAAGUAGUACUUUAAAUAAUUUUUACUUAAGUACUUUACACCACUUUAAACGCGUGGUUUCCAUGUAGGUUGAUUUCCAUUUAAUUUACACCAUUGCAGCCAUUAUAUAAGGGCCUCCCCCCCCACCUCCACUGGGUCUGGGUGUUGGGUGUGUGGUGUGUGUGGUGGUGGUGUUUGGUGGGGUGUGUGUGUGUGUGUGUUGGUUUGGGGGGGGGGGGGGGGUGGGGGGGGGGGGGUGGAAAAAUCCCCCUCCCCCCCCUUGUCCCCCCCCUCCCUCUUGUCUCCCUCUCCCCCUUUUUUUUUCUCCUUUUUCUCCCUUUUUCUCCCUUCUCUCCCUUUCCCUCUUUUCCCUUUCUCUUUCUCCCUUUCUCCUCUCCCUAAUUUUCCUUCUCUCUCCUCCCCCUCGUUUUUCUCCCCUUUUUUCCUCCCCUUCUUCUCUCUCUUAAUCUCUCUUUCUCUCCUCCCUCCCUCGGUUUUUGUUUCCCCCCCCCCCAAAGUUUUCAACGUCUCUCAGUGUGGGCAAAAUGGGCAUUCUCCUGGACGGCCGUUGCCAGGGCGAAAUGUACCUAGCAAACUGCCACAGGUAACGACGGACACACCCACACCUGCAGCUCCAACUCCACUGACUGUUCCUUCACCGACCUGCACUGCUCCGAGACCUACGCUGUCACCGUGGUUACCAUCGACAGGGGCUGCCAUAGCGACCCCAGCCCUGACGUUGAACUCAGAACAGGUGAGAAGAGAGAGAGAGUCUUUCUGAUCUGUCUGUUAUGAAUAUCUUGUAGAUCUAGAACUCAAAUUACAUCCUGUUAUAUUAAGCAAACCAGACGGCACAAUGUGUUUAUUAUUUUUUUGACGGAUAGCCAGCGGCACACUCACACACUCAGACAUAAUUUACAUACGAAGCAUUUGUGUUUAGUGAGUCUGCCAGAUCAGAGGCAGUAGGGAUGACCAGGGAUGUUCUCUUGAUAAGUGCGUGAAGUUAACAAUUUUCCUGUCAAAAUGUAACGAGUUCUGUUGGGUGUCAGGAAAAAUGUAUGGAGUAAAAAGUACAUAAUUUUAUUUAGGAAUGUAGUGAAGUAAAGUAAAAGUAGUCCAAAAAUAAAUAGUAAAGUAAAGUACAGAAACACAAAAAACUACAUAAGUAACUUUAAAUCAUUUUUACUUAAGUACUUUACACCACUUUAACGCGUGGUUUCCAUGUAGUUGAUACCAUUAAUUGACACCAUUGCAAGCCAUUAUUAUGAGCUGACCUCCCUCAGCAGCCUCCACUGGUGUCUGUGUGGUGUGGUGUGUGUGGUGUGGGGUGUGGUGUGUGUGUGUGUGUGUGUGGUGUGUGUGGGGGUGUGUGUUUGGGGUGUGUGGUGUGUGUGUAAGCGAGAGAGAGAGAGAUGGGGAGGGGGAGAGAGAGUGAGGAAAAACUCCCACCUCUAACAACCCUACUCUGUCACCACAUUCAUAAACACCUCCUCUGAUCUCCCAUCUCACCCAUUUAUUAUAUCUCUCUCCCUUCUCUCUGUCCUCCCUUUCUCUUCCCAUUCUCUAUGUCUCUCCCUUCUCUCUCCCUCUCUCUGCGUCUCCCCUUUCCUUCUCCUCUCUCUCGCUCUCUCUCUCUCUCUCUCCUCUCUCUCUCUCCCUCUCACUCUUUCUCUCUCCCUACAGUUUUUUGUCCCCCCACCAAUGUUUCAACGUCUCUGCAGUGUGAUGGCAACAUGGACACUGUCUCCUGGACGGCCGUUGCCAGGGCGGACAUGUACCUAGCAACUGCCACAGGUAACGACGGACCACACCCACACCUGCAGCUCCAACUCCACCGACUGUUCCUUCACCGACCUGCACUGCUCCGAGACCUACGCUGUCACCGUGGUUACCAUCGACAGGGGCUGCCAUAGCGACCCCCAGCCCUGACGUUGAACUCAGAACAGGUGAGAAGAGAGAGAGAGUCUUUCUGAUCUGUCUGUUAUGAAUAUCUUGUAGAUCUAGAACUCAAUUACAUCCGUUAUAUUCAGCAAACCAGACGGCACAAUUGUGUUUAUUAUUUUUUUGACGGAUAGCCAGUGCACACUCACACACUCAGACAUCAAUUUACAUAUGAAAGCAUUUGUGGUUUAGUGAGUCUGCUAGAUCAGAGGCAGUAGUGAUGGACCAGGGAUGUUCUCCCUCCUCUUGAUAACGGUGAGUGUAGUUAACAAUGUUUCCCUGUCAAAAUGUAACGAGGUUCUGUGGGUUGUCAUGAAAAACAUUGUAUUGGAGUAAAAAAGUGACAUAAUUUUAUUUGGAAUGUUAGUUGAAGUAAAAGUAAAAGUUAGUCCGAAUAUAAUAGUAAAGUAAAGUACAGAAACCCACAAAACUACAGAAGGAGUACUUUAAAUCAUUUUUUACUUAAUACUUUACACCACUUUAAACGCGUGGUUUUCCAGUAGUUGAUACCAUUUAAUUGGACACCAAUGCAGCCAUUAUUAUGAGCCGACCUCCCCUCAGCAGCCUCCACUGGUGUCUGUGUGUGUGUGUGGGUGUGUGUGUGUGUGGUGUUUCUGUGUGUGUGUGUGUGUGUGUGUGUGGGUGUGUGAUGUGUGUGGGUGUGUGUGUGUGUGUGGGUGUGUGUGUGUGUGUGUGCUGGGUGUGUGUGGGUAAGAGGAGAGAGAGAUGGGGAGGGGAGAGAGAGGAGAAAAAACUCCCACUCUAAAUCCCUACUCGUCCACACAUUCAUAAACACCUCCUCUGAUCUCCCAUCUCACCCAUUAGAUGAUGUAACUUCUCUCUCUCUCUCUCUCUCCCUCUCUCUCUUUCUCUUUCCCUACAGGUUUUUGUCCCCCCACCAAUGUUUCAACGUCUCUGCAGUGUGAUGGCAACAUGGGCACUGUCUCCUGGACGGCCGUUGCCAGGGCGGACAUGUACUUAGCAACCGCCACAGGUAACGACGGACACACCCACACCUGCAUCUCCAACUCCACCGACUGUUCCUUCACCGACCUGCACUGCUCCGAGACCUACGCUGUCAACGUGGUUACCAUCGACAGUGGCUGCCACUAGCGACCCCAGCCCUGACGUUGAACUCAGAACAGGUGAGAAGAGAGAGAGAGUCUGUCUGAUCUGUCUGUUAUGAAUAUCUUGUAGAUGUAGAACUCAAUUACAUCCUUCAUAAUCUCUCAUGGGCAGGCGCACCUAACAUAGAACGGUGUAGUAUCGCCUGUCAACAGACUGUUGGAUGUGACUAUUAACGAGGGACUUUGUUCCACUGCGCAGAUUUUUUCGCCACUGAUCAUUUGGACAAAUCACGAUUUCGCAAGUGUUCACAUCUUUCGAAUUUCAGAAGUGGAGGGGACAUUUGGCCAAUGCUUUGGCUGAGAAUUUCCAUUUAGGGGGGGUGGAGACUUCGAUAGUCUGGUUAGUAUAUCUUCUCAUACAUCUCUCCCCAGAACCUAAUGGAGGACCUGACGCAAUUACGCAAGAUUUUAGUUCUGGGUGUCCGAGAUUCCAUUCUUCAUUACAUUCCCACUUGUUGGACUUGAGUUAGCAACUGUAUACUCUAGUACUUCUGUUGUCUCUGGACUCCUCAGCCCUGUGUCCACCCAUCCAGCUGGAGGGCAUAGUGUCCUGUUCUACCAACAUCCUGUCCCUGACCUGGGAUGCCAGCCCAGUGUACGGGGCCAAAUACACCUUACACUCCCAGAAGAUAGGGGGCGCUAACACCACCACCUCAUACCCCACCUCUGACACCUCCCUCUUCAUCACCGGCCUGCAGUGCGGGGAACACUACGCAUUCCAGGUCGUCACUAGCGAUGGGAACUGCAACAGCAGUCUUAGCCGGCCACUGGAGAUGGAUACAGGUAGGCAGAGCCUCACUGCUGGUUCAAUAACUAAUUAUAGCCUAAUAUGGUCAAUUUGUUUAGCUCCUGCUUGGGUGAAACAUAGCGGCCAUUUUGUGCCAAAAUGCUCACCACCCAUUGGCUGACAUCUCAUCACAUGACCUCUGUCUCUCUGCCCCCUCAGCUCCAUGCCAGCCAACCCACCUGGCAGCGCGUGUGGACUGUGGAACCAACCGAGGCAAGAUCUCUUGGUUCGAAAGCCUCGGCGCCUCUUACUACAUCGCCGAGGUGACGGGCGGCCAUGGGCACGUGGCUUCUUGUACCUCCAAUGAUACUUCCUGUGCGGUGAAACUGCACUGCGGGCAGACGUACUCGGCUAUACUGGUCGCCUCCACUGACUCCUGCAACAGUACUCUGCACGCCGCCAUUGAAUUUGACUCAGGUAAGACACAAACACAUAAAUUCCCCCAAACACACUACACUCUUUACACAAUCAGUCCAUUAUUGUGCUCUCAAAACCCAACAUGUCACAUAUUUCACUCUCCUCUCUCUUCCCUCACCCAGCCCCCUGUCUGCCUGAGAACGUGGUGGCAGAGCUGAACUGUAACUCCAACGUGUUAGCGGUCCAGUGGCAGCAGACCCCUGGAGAUGGAGACGACACCUACACAGCCCUGGUCAUCGGCAGUGACGGCUACCAGGCCUCCUGUAACUCCACCUCUAACUCCUGCAGCAUCUUCAAUCUGCAGUGUGGCCAGACUUACGAGGUGGCUGUCACCUCCUCCUCCAUCAACUGUUCCAUCAUCGCUGGAUCAGACUACCAGGUUCAGUCGGGUAGGUGGGCUAUAGUUCUGCCAAAUGAGGUGUCUGUUCCAAUAUCCACACUUAGAAUGCCCAAUACAUGGCUUCAUUAUAAAAAGCUAGUGUCACGAUUCUCUAAAGCAGAACCCAGAAGCAGACCAGGACAAGGUGAGUUGAAUGAAGGGUGAGUAUUUAUUUAAAGACUUAAAUGUGGAAGCAGGACAAUCCAGGUGACGGAGCUGGCAGUCGAGGUGAGUUGGGCAGAUCCAAUGAUGUCUCUGAAGCCACAGACGACCAGGCAGCGGUGGAGUGAAUGUUCCGGGAGAAUAACUGUAGACAGAGGAAACAAAGGUGAGUUCACAACAAGCAAAAAGUAACAGAACAGCAAAACUAACUUUAGUAAUCUGAGGCUGAUACGCAGGCACAACAUACUGUUCAUGGCUAACGAUCCGGCAGGGAAUGGAUGUCAGGUCAGAGCUUAUGAAGUGGAGAGGUGAUGAUCAGAACCAGGUGUGCAGAUAGCUGAUGAGAUACAGGUGCGGGUAAUGGAGAGAUCUCGCGCCUUGCUUCGUCGCCUGGCAACCAGACAGGGUGCGUUCAGGAAACUCAGGAAAAAACAACUCCAGGACAAAAACAGGCCACUCAGACAGAAACCGACUCAGGAAGCGGGAUUCAUGACAGCUAGUGUGAAUAGGGAAGUGAGAUCCAUCUGUUUCAGUUUUCAAAUGAAAUUACUAGGGCCCUGACCCACGUGACCUGACCAGGAAGAACUGGGCAUUAGUUAUUGUCAAUUAACACCUCUCUCCCCCUAUCCCUCUCCCCUCUCCAGCCCCCUGUAAGCCCCAGAAUACCACGGUGGACCUGGAGUGCAGCGCCAACGUCGCCACGGUGAUCUGGGACCUGACCAGCACAGCUCAGAACUACACGGUGACGGCGACGGACGUGUCAGGCACCAACACCAGCUGCAGCACCAAUGAGACCAGCUGCUCCUUCUCUGAGCUGAGUUGUGGCGAGAUGUACACCUUCAGCGUCGUGGGCCACACCAACGUGUGUAUGAGCGAGGUCAGCUCUCCCAUGCAGAUGCUCACAGGUACUGGUGCACCUACAGUUCUCUUACAUUUGAUAAAUAGGAAAUGUAUGAUAAAUAUUUAAAUUUUCACUCUAGUUUAUUUUGCAUUUAUACAAUAUAAUGUAUUGCCCCAGGCCACACAAUAUAACUUUUUGAUGUUAUUUAAAAGCCAUUAUCAGGAGAAAAAUAUGGCAUACCACCAAGCUGCUUAGAUAAAGCUCUAAACCCCUCUCUCUGUCCCUCCAUCUCUCUCUCUCUUUCUCUCUCUGUCCCUCUAUCUCUCUCUCUCUGUCCCUCCAUAUCUCUCUCUGUCCCUCUAUUUCUCUCUCUCUGUCCCUCCAUCUCUCUCUCUGUCCCUCCAUCUCUCUCUCUGUCCCUCCAUAUCUCUCUCUGUCCCUCCAUCUCUCUCUCUGUCCCUCCAUCUCUCUCUCUGUCCCUCCAUAUCUCUCUCUGUCCCCUCCAUCUCUCUCUCUCUUUCUCUCUCUGUCCCUCCAUCCCUCUUUCUGUCCCUCCAUCCCUCUUUCUGUCCCUCCAUCCAUCUCUCUCUCUCUCCCCCUCCAUCCCUCUCUCUCUCCUUCCAUCCCUCUCUCUCUCUCUCCCUCCAUCCCUCUCUCUCUCCCUCAUCCCUCUCUCUCUCCCUCUAUCCCUCUCUCUCUGUCCCUCCAUCCCUUUCUCUCUCCAGCUCCUUGCGUGCCCACUAACAUUGCCUCCAGUCUAGACUGUGGUACAGGGAUGGCCCUCAUCACUUGGAACAGUGCCGUGGGAGCUACAGCCUACACCGUGCAGGCGGAGGGUAACCAUGGUCACAAAUCCUCCUGCAGCGACACAGGCACACAAUGUUCCCUUAAAAACCUGGUAUGCGGGCAGGAAUACUCUGUCGUUGUUGUAGCAAUGCACACCGGUUGUCCUGGUCCAGGCAGUCAGGCUGUAACGUUCACUACAGGUAAAUACAGCGUAGUUUAACACUCCAUAUUUUCUACCUCUACUAUUAAACUUUCUGACACUCUUUUAUUCACUUGUUCAUGACCUUUUAUAUAACUUUUCCCCCUUCAGCUCCCUGCCCUCCUCAAUCUGUGGAAACCCAACUGGACUGCCUUUCUGGAAGGUUGAAUGUUGCCUGGCAACCGAGCGUCGGGGCGACCCGCUACCACGCCACGGUGCAAGAAGGAAGUAACGUCAUGAUGUGCGACACCAAUACAACUUCCUGUGUCGUCCCCAAUCUGAGCUGUGGAAACGCCUACAACAUUACCGUGGUAGCACAGGGCCAAUCCUGCAACAGCUCCCACAGCGCAGCCAAUGAGAUUUCAACAGGUAAGAAAACAGGAAAAUGUUGUUUAAUUGAUGACCAUUACUUAAUGGUUGACCUACUGUAUGUUUGUUGUGACUGUGCCCCCCUCUCUCACUCUGCUCCCCAGCACCCUGCCCCCCCACCUCCCUCUCAGCCACCGUGGACUGCUCCACCAACAUCGCUAUGGUCACCUGGGACUCCCAGAAUGCACUGGGGGUGGCGUACAGAGCCCAGGCAUUGGACGUGCAGCGUAGUUCAGUAGACUGUAACACCACAGACUCUAACUGUGCUCUGACUAGGCUGCAGUGUGGCAGUGAGUACAACGUCACUGUCACAGCCUCAAAGGACAACUGCUGGAGCAUCCCAAGCCUGACGUUUACCUUCACUACAGGUCAGUGACACAUCAAUGGGACAGAUAUUAUCUAUUGAGCAAAUCUCCAAAAAUAUAUUACAUUGGGAAGUUGGUGGCACCUUAUUUGGGAAGGACAGGCUCUUGGUAACGGCUGGAGCGGAAUUAGUGUUUUGGUAUCAAAUACAUCAAACACGUGGUUUCCAUGUAUUUGAUGCCAUUCCAUUUGCUCCAUUCCAGCCAUUACUAUGAGCCGUCCUCCCCUCAGCAGCCUCCUGUGAUUGAACACUAUAUAAGGUUUGUAAGAUAAGAUAGUACUUUAUUAAUCCCCCAAAAGGGAAAUGUAAUGAACAAAGUACUAACUUAUCUUAUCUUACGAGGUUGUAUAAAGGUUGCUAUGAGGUUGUAACACUGUUUUUCACCUGUCCCCUCCCUCAGCGCCCUGUGUGCCCCUCCUCUCUGAUGUCCAGCUGCUUUGCUCCUCUGACUCCGCCUCUAUCACCUGGGCAACGGCUGCAGGGGCGGAGCUGUAUGAAGUCACAGCGGAGGACGGCCAGGGCGGGAGCCUGCAGUGUAACUCCAGUGAUGUCACUUCCUGCCAGGUGUCCAGCCUGCAGUGUGGACAGCAAUAUGUUUUCAGUGUGACCGCCUUGGACAGGCUGUGUGCGAGCGCUCCCAGCGCUAUGAUACAGUCAAUGACAGGUACAACUGUGUGUGUGUGGGUGUGUGUGUGUGUGUGUGUGUGUGUGUGUGGUGUGUGUGUGUGUGUGUGUGUGUGUGUGUGUGUGUGUGUGUGUGUGUGUGUGUGUGUGUGGUGUGUGUGUGUGUGUGUGUGUGUGUGUGUGUGUGUGUGUGUGUGUGUGUGUGUGUGGGUGUGUGUGUGUGUGUGUGUGUGUGUGUGUGUGUGUGUGUGCGUGUGUGGGUGUCUAUGUACAAGUGUGUGUGUGAGUCUCUCUGCUUGUGCCCAUUCAGGACCCAUGCUUUAGGACACACAGGCCACACAUCCUAUUCUGAUGCCAGUCUAGCCAAGCGAAAACAUGUGAAACUCAUAACCCAGUUUGGGUCCUGGCUAACAUGCUAACAUGUCCCCGUGUUCCCCCCUGCAGCCCCUUGUCCUCCCCAGAAUAUCCACACCUCAGUGGGCUGUGAGAACCGCACCGCCUGCAUUAGCUGGACCCACAGCCAGGGGGCGCUGUCUUAUACAGCUAGACUACACACGGCUGGUGGUGAGGCAGCUUCCUGCUCCUCCAACACCACCGGCUGUGACAUCACCUCCCUUCCCUGCGGAGAGACGUACACAGUGACAGUGGCUGCAGAGGGACAUACCUGCAACAGCUCCCAAAGCUCGGAAUCCCCUAUCAAGACAGGUGUGUUACUAAGGCAACCAAGCAAACCGUGACCCUAACCAAACCUAUAUGUACAGUAAAUCAUACCAACACCAGCUACUAAUCACAGGGCUGCUAGACAUAUUUAUUCCCCAAGUGGUUAUUAUAAAGGGAUGGUCAACCGGGUAGAAGCAUUAGGAGAUAUAUGCCUCCAUCACAGAUCCAUCUAAUUCCAUGUAAUUCUGAUGUUCCCUCCAAGCUCCAUGUGUGCCCUCUGCUCCCAUGGCCAACUUGAGCUGCAGCACCAACAUGGCCGCCAUGACCUGGAACAGCAGCCUGGGAGCCGACCUUUACUCUGUAGAAGCCAAUAGCAAUGCAGGUCACUCUGCCAACUGCCAAUCAGCAGGCCUGAGUUGUGAACUGAUGUCCUUACAGUGUGGCCAGACAUACACGGUCACAGUGACAGCUCAGGACAGCACCUGCACCAGCGCUAGCAGCCAGUCAGCGGAAGUCAAGACAGGUGUGUUGUUGUGAAUAGACAUUUAAUGACAUGUAAUGCAGAAAGGCUACCUGCAGACUGAAUCAUGUUAUCACAUUGUCUUUUAAAAUGACCAUGGCCAUGGUUUUAAAGUUGUGUAUCGCUCACAGUCAUUCUAUUGUACAUUAUGUCAUCUCAAUCUCCUUUCCAGUUCCCUGCAUGCCCACGGGUGUCAAGACCGAUUCUGACUGCCUGUCCAAUGCUGUGACCGCUUCCUGGUUUGCGAGUGACGGUUCAGAGUACUAUAUCGCCACGUUGGAGGAUGGUAACGGCAUGUCUACCACGUGUAAGUCGGUGGGGACGCAGUGUACCGUCGCGGGGCUCCAGUGUGGACAGGUCUACCAUGUGACUGUAGCUGGGUCAGACGACAAGUGCACCAGCCCACAGAGCGUUGACACCCAUACACACUCAGGUAGGAACCACACACACACACACACGAACAGACAUGCACACACAUACAAACACACACACACACACAGGAGCAUCCAGUAACGUUUCUCUCCACCACUCCCACAGUGCCUUGCCUGCCCAGCUCCCUCCAGGCCUUCAUGGACUGCGAGGCGGUCUCCGCCACCGUAUCCUGGCAACCCAGCGCCGGCACCUUGUCCUACGUCACCAUGGUAAUGGCCGGGUCAGGCCACAACGCUAGCUGUGCCACUAAGCACACCAACUGUGAGAUGAGUGUUCUGGAAUGUGGGGAGGACUACACUGUGACUGUGAGGGCUCUGGGAGAGAGCUGCAGUAGUGUGGCACAGAUGGCAGGACACCUCACCACAGGUGAGAGGGAGGGAGGGAGGAGGGAGGGAGGGAGGGAGGGAGGGGGAGGGAAAAGGGAGGGAGGAGGGAGAGGACACCUGUAAUACCCCUGUUAAUGCACCUAUGUAAUAAACUUAUGAUAACCCCUAUGUAAUAACCUUGCACCCCUAUAUAAAACCUUGCAAUAACCCCUAUGUAACACCCCUCUACAUACUGUAAUCACAUCUAUAUAACAACAAGUAACCCCUCUCUCCCCCGCUCCCCCCUCUCUCCCUCUCUCCCCCUCUCUCCCUCCCUCUCCCUCUCUCCCCCAGAGCCCUGUGUGCCCAUGAAUCUCAGUGUGUCCUACAGCCUGUCCAUCGCUCAGCUGUUCUGGGACACUGCUAAAGGUGCCACCUCCUACUCUGCCCAGGCCAUCACUGACCAGGGCCUGACGGUCAGCUGUCACACCAACGACACCAACUGUGCCCUGCCCGCCAUGGCCUGCGGUCAGCUGUACAAUGUCACUGUCUCUGCUAGCAACAGCGCCUGUAACAACAGUGUCACCUCCAAGCCCUACACCAUGAUGACAGGUCAGUCAUGUGAGCAGGAUGUACAGUGCCUUGCAAAAGUAUUCAUCCCCCUUGGGGUUUUUCCUAUUUUGUUGCAUUACAACCUGUAAUUUAAAUUUCAUUUUUAUUUGGAUGUCAUGUAAUGGACAUACACAAAAUAGUCCAAAUUGGUGAAGUGAAAUGAAAAAAAUUACUUGUUUCAAAAAAUUCUAAAAAAUAAAUAACAGAAAAGUGGUGCGAGCAUAUGUAUUCACCCCUUUACUAUGAAGCCCCUAAAUAAGAUCUGGUGCAACCAAUUACCUUCAGAAGUCACAUAAUUAGUUAAGUAAAGUCCACCUAUGUGCAAUCUAAGUGUCACAUGAUCUCAAUAUAUAUACACCUGUUCUGAAAGGCCCCAGAGUCUGCAACACCACUAAGCAAGGGGCACCACCAAGCAAGCAGCACCAUGAAGACCAAGGAGCUCUCCAAACAGGUCAGGGAUAAAGUUGUGGAGAAGUACAGAUCAGGGUUGGGUUAUAAAAAAUAUCAAAACUUUGAACAUCCCAUUGAGCACCAUUAAAUCCAUUAUUAAAAAAUUGAAAGAAUAUGGCACCACAACAAACCUGCCAAGAGAGGGCUGCCCACCAAAACUCACGGACCAGGCAAGGAGGGCAUUAAUCAGAGAGGCAACAAAGAGACCAUCAAAAAAAAUUAUAUAUAUAUAUAUAUAUAUAUAUAUAUAUAUAUAUAUAUAUAUAUAUAUAUAUUGUAAAGUGGUUGUCCCACUGGCUAUCAUAAGGUGAAUGCACCAAUUUGUAAGUCGCUCUGGAUAAGAGCGUCUGCUAAAUGACGAAAUGAAAAUUGAAUAACCCUGAAGGAGCUGCAAAGCUCCACAGCAGAGAUUGGAGUAUCUGUCCAUAGGACCACUUUAAGCCGUACACUCCACAGAGCUUGGCUUUAUGGAAGAGUGGUCAGAAAAAAGCCAUUGCUUAAAGAAAAAAAUAAGAAAACACGUAUGGUGUUUGCCAAAAGGCAUGUGGGAGACUCCCCAAACAUAUGGAAGAAGGUACUCUGGUCAGAUGAGACUAAAAUUGAGCUUUUUGUCCAUCAAGGAAAACAGUAUGUCUGGCGCAAACCCAACACCUCUCAUCACCCCGAGAACACCAUCCCCACAGUGAAGCAUGGUGGUGGCAGAAUCAUGCUGUGGGGAUGUUUUUAAUCUGCAGGGACUGGGAAACUGGUCAGAAUUGAAGGAAUGAUGGAUGGCGCUAAAUAAGGGAAAGUCUUGAGGGAAACCUGUUGCUGGUAGAGCAUGGCGCAGAUUUGAGACUGGGACGGAGGUUUAUAAUUAUGCACGCUAAGCAUUUCAGUUUUUUAUUUUUUGUGUUCACAAUACAAAACUAUUUGCAUCUUCAAUGUGGUAGCAUGUUGUGGUAAAUCAAAUGAUACAAUCCCCAACAAAUCCAUUUUAAUUCAAGUUGGGUAGGCAACAAAAUAGGACAAAAUACCAAGGGGGGUGAUUACUUUCGCAAGGAACUGUAGGUUGGUAUUGGCUAGAGAGGGGAUGGGAGGGGUUAGUGGGGUGGUUUAAAAAGCAGCUAUAAUUUGGAAUAAGUUAAAUAAAAGUACCAGAAGAAGAUAUUGAGAUAGCCCAUUACAUUUCACAGUUCUGCUUGCACAAUGUAGUGUUUCUCUUUGUGCAGUUUGUGUUUCUUCUUGUGGUGUGUGUGUGUGUGUGUGUGUGUGUGUGUGUGUGUUUCAGAGCCCUGUACGCCCACCAACGUGCAGGCCAGUAUGGACUGCAACACUCUGACAGGUUCCGUCUCCUGGGAAGCGAGUGACAUUGCCGUGGGUUACGCCGUUGUCCUGGAAGGCCAGGAUGGCCACUCCACCAACUGUCUCACCACGGCAACCAGCUGUGACAUGGGAGGGCUGAACUGCGGCACGGUGUACUACGUUUAUGUCAGAGCCCUGGGAGUUCAGUUUAACAGUUCAGUCUCCUCUGGAGUUGGUCUUUCACCAGGUGAGCACAACAUAACACAAUACAUCUCUACUGACCCAUUUGCACAUUUCUUUUUUUGCUGCCACAUCACCAGCCUGACAGACUGGGAGCCACACAGGGUCAGCCUCAGAGCAGGGCCCCUGGAGCAGAUUUGUCACUUCCCCCUAAAGCUUUUGUCUGAGAAAAGCUUGCAAUGCUUACAACUACCCCAGUCCCAUCUCAUGCCUCUGUUUUCAAUAAUAGGCCUCUGUCUAUGUGACUCCCCUACUAACCCUCUGUCCCCUGUCCCCCCAUCCCCAGCCCCAUGUCUACCCAGCAGUGUGCAGGCCCAGGUGGACUGUGGGAGCGAUGGCGCCGCCCUGCUGUCCUGGAGCUACACUGACGGAGCCAACAACUACACCCUGUCUGCCAUGGGGGUGGGGGGCGAUGCGGCCUCCUGCACUACCGAGCAGAACCAGUGUAAUGUCACGGGUCUAUCCUGCGGAGGGCGGUAUAACAUCACACUCACCGCCACCAACCAGGAGUGUCAGAUCACUGUCCCCAUCAACGCCAGCUUCGACACACGUAAGUGGAUGUCUGGACAGGUCGCUUUUUAUAUAGGAAUUUUCAUUAUACUAGACCUUUGUGUGUUCGCAGAUGUGAAUGAACUGGAUAGGUGUAAGCAAUGUUACAGAGUACAGACGCUCUCCGACCUCCAUUGAAAAGUAGGGAGGAACGACCACCAUAUUGCUUACAUCUUUCUUGUUUAUUUCCAGAACUGAUUAGCUGACCUCUUCUAUACCCUUCCUCCCAUGUGUAACCCCUCAGAAUCUCUAACCUCUAACACUUGACCCCCCAGGUCCGUGCUCUCCCCAGCAUGUUGCUGUAGACCUGACGUGUGGCACCCAGAUAGCCGACCUGUCCUGGGAGGAGAGGUCAGAGGUGGAGCUGUAUGAGUCUAUCGCCACCAGGUGGUCAGAUGGGGCAGUGCAGCACUGUAACUCCACUGGCUCUACCUGUCAGUUCACUGACCUGGCCUGUGGAGCAACCUACAGCUUCACUGUGACCGCACGUAGUAACGGCUGUCACAGCCCGCCCAGCAACACUGUUCAGAUCAACACAGGUACUAGCCUAUAGCAGCCAGUUGCACAGUUGACUUAAUUGGCUUCAUAUUAUUAAACCUUUUAAAAUGAUCGAUUCUGCCACUGUUGUGGUCCUCUGUAGUCAGUGGAGAGCCGGCGCUUUUAAAACCAAGGUAGGGGUUUUGUCCCAGGACCCCCCCAACACAAAAAUUAUGACGCAUGACUGUAAGUGCUUGGAAAAAGGGUUUGCUAAAGGAAUUAUAUUUUUAAUUUUUAAAUAAUUUAAUGAUUUCCAGGGGGCCCUUUACAAAAAUAAAAAAGGAAAGGCGAAAAAAAAGGGGGGGGAAAAAAAAAAAAAAAAAAGAAAAAAAAAAAAAAAACAAAAAAAAGAAAAAAAAAAAAAAAAACCCCAAAAGGGGGAAAAAAAGGGGGGGGGGGGGGAGGGGGAAAAGGGGGAAAAAAAAGGGGGCCCAAAAAAAGGGGGGAAAAAAAAGGGCGGGAGAAAAAGGGGGAAAGCGGGGAAGGAGAACCCCCAAACCCGAGGGGGGGGAAAAAGGGGCCCCAAAGGGGGGCCCCCGGGGGGAAGGGAGGGAAAAGGGGGGGGGGAAAAAAAAACCCCAGGGGGAAAAAAAAAAACCCCCCGAAAAAGGGGGCGGAAGGGGGGAAAAAGAGGGAAAAAAAGGGGGGGGAAAAAGGGGGGAGGGAAAAAAGGGAGGAAAAAGGGGGGGAAAAAAGGAAAGGGGGAAAGGGGGGGAAAAAGGGGGGGAGGGGGGGGGAGGAAAAAGAGGAGGAGAAAAAAGGAGAAAAAGGGGGGGGAAAAAGGGGGGGGGAAAAAGCGGGAGGAAAAAGGGGAAGAGGAAAAAAAAGGAAAAAAGAGAGAGAGAAAAAGGGGGAGAAAAGAGGAGAGAGAAAAAGAGAGAAGGAGAAAGGAGAGCAGGAAGGGGAAAAAGGGGAAGAGAGAAAAAAAAAAAAAAGGGGGGAGGGGGGGAGAAAGGAGAGAAAAAGGAGGAGAAGAAAAAGAGAGGAAAAAAAGGGGGGGGAAAAAAAAAAAGAGAGAGGAGAGGAAAAAAAAAAAAAAAAAAAAAAGGCCAAAAAAAGGGAAACAAAAAGAAAAACAAGGGAAAAAAGGGGGAACAAAAGGGGGGAAAAAAAAAAAAACCCGGGCCCAAGGGGGGGGGGGGAAAAAAAGAAAAAAAAAAAAAAAACCCAAAAAAAAAAACAAAAAAAAAAAAAAAAGGGGGGGGGAAAAAAAAAAAGGGGGAAAAAAAGGGGGGAGGGGAAAAAAGGGGGGAAAAAAACGAAGACGAGAACAAAAGAGAGAAAACAAAAAGAAAAAGAGAAGAAAAGACGAGAAAGAAAAGAAAAAGAAAAAAAAGGGAAAAGUAGGAGGAAAGGGACAAACAGAAAAAAAAGGACAGAGGCAACAAGAAAAAAUAGAGCGAUAGAAAAAGAAGAAAGAGCCAGGGUUCCAAAAGUGAAAAAAGACGAGAGAGCAAAACAGAGAGAGAGAAAACGAGAGAAAUGAAGCAAAAAGGGCACGCGGAAACCACCAAGAGGCGCACACCCUGCAGCGCCGCCCCCCAUGGGGACCUCACAGAAGACGCCCCAAAACCCCCCAACGCGCGCUCAGGCUCUCAGCUUCAGAAAUCGCUCUUCCCCAUCGCGCUCCCCUCCUCAUACCAAUCUCUCUCUACUCUCCGCUCUCAUUUCCCCUCUUCUCUCCCAUUCUCUAUCUCCCUUCUCUCAUUCCUCCCUCUCCCCAUCUCUAUCCUCUCUCUCUAUACCAUAUUUUAUCCCAAUCUCUCUCACCCAUCCUCUCUCCCCCCCCCAUCUCUCUCUCUCCCCUAUCGCUCACUCUCUCUUGAGUGACAUUUAGCACCAUAACAUUUACUGUGUAUCAAUUAUUCAAACAAUGCAUUACUUAGUAUUGGAGGUAAUAAUUUCCCCCCCUCUCUCUUCCCCUCUGUCCUUCCCUCCAUUUAUCUCUCUCCACAGUGCCAUGUGUGCCAUCUCUGGUGGAGGGAAGAGUCGACUGUGUGAGUGGUGACGUGUCAGUGACCUGGAAGCAUAGCAAUGGAGCCACUGCCUACACCGCCAUCGCCCAGGGCAACGAGGGCUACGCGUUCUCCUGCAACGCCAGUGGGACGGUGUGUGUGUUCAAUGACCUGCUCUGUGGACACACCUACAGCGUCACCGUCAGCGCUGCCGACAACACCUGCUCCAGUGCCUACAGCAGCCCCAUCACCGUGGAGACAGGUGUGUGUGUGACAUUUUCAAUACCGUAAAUGGAGUGUGAUCCUGGACAAAACAAAUUCUGCCACCUGCCCAAGUGGGUCCCCCUUUAACCCUUUCUUUUCUCUCUUCAGAACCCUGUGAGCCCCAGAAUGUCAGUGCUCACUUGGACUGCCAUAGCAACGAGGGCGUGGUCUCCUGGGAGAUUAGUGACAGGGUGACAUCACACCUUGUUACGGCAGUUGGCUCUGACGGACACCGUCUCAGCUGCAACAGCACCUCCUCAUCCUGCACACUACCCACCAUGCACUGCGGCCAGCGCUACAACCUCACCGUCACCGCCCUGGAAGGCGUCUGCGACAACAGUCGUUCACAACUCACCCUGCCGUCAGGUGAGUGCGUUGUAGCCAAUCACAAUCCACUGAGCAGUGGUGGUGCUCUAACACUGGUCAUAGCUAUCCAAAAAGGACCACAGAAUGGAUAUUAGACGUUGGACUUUGUUGUGUUUGUACACUGAGUAUACAAAACAUUAAGAACACCUGCUCUUUUUGGGUUUCCUUCGGAGGACAAAAAUAAACUUUGUUUUUACAGCUUUUUCUUUUGUUGUUACAUGUACAUUCUAAACAAAUUUUUUCACAGUAGUUACAGAGCAAGAAUAUAGUAAUUUGAUAUUUACAUUAUACAUUGUGUUUUCAGUCAUAACUGAACACCUGCUCUUUCCAUGACUGACCAGUUGAAUCCAGCAGAAAGCUAUGAUCCCUUAUUGAUCUCAAUUGUUAAAUCCAUUUCAAUCAGUGUAGAUGAAGGGGAGGACAGGUUAAAGAAGGAUUUUUAAGCCUUGAGACAAUUGAGACAUGGAUUGUGUAUGUGUGCCAUUCAGAGGGUGAAUGGGCAAGACAAAAUAUUUAAGUGGCUGAACGGGGUAUGGUAGUAGGUGCCAGGUGCACCGUUUUUUGUCAAGAACUGCAACGCUGCUGGGUUUUUCAAGUGCAACAGUUUCCCGUGUGUCUCAAGAAUGGUCCACCACCCAAAGGACAUCCAGCCAACUUGACACAACUAUGGGAAGGAUUGGAAUCAACAUGGGCCAGCAUCCCUGUGGAACACUUGCGACACUUUGUAGAGUUCGUGCCCCGACGAAUUGAGGCUGUUCUGAGGGGGGUGCAACUCAAUAUUAGGAAUGUGUUCUUAAUGUUUUGUGCACUCAGUGUAUGUCUUUGAUCAUUUGGAGUAAUAUCUUGAUUAUUAUAAAACUAUCCAAUUAAUUUUCUCAUUAUAUGGAUGUUUGUGUUUUUCAAUUAAUUAGAUAAUUUAAUAACACCAAAUGAACCCACUGUCCAUCCUCUCCUCUCCACUCUAGGGCCCUGUGCUCCGGGUAACCUGCAGACUAACUUCCAGUGCAGCACCAACUCUACCUCAGUGACCUGGGAUAGAGGCAGUGGAGCCCUGUCCUAUAUGGUUGUAGGAGAGGCCACCAAUGGCCACAUUACCUCUUGGAACUCUAGCACCACGGACAGUGAUCUGGAGGGAUUGCAGUGUGGCCAGAUGUACAAUGUCUCAGUCCACUCUAUGGAUGGAGUCUGUAGGAGCAUUCAGAGUGUCAGCUCAGACGUGCAAACGGGUGAGAUGGGCAAAAAACAUGAAUGUGCGCACGCACACACACACACACACACACAGAUAGUAAUGUGCUGCUAAUCCAAUUGACUAAUGAGAAUCCCUCCCUCCAGCCCCCUGCCCGCCCCAGAAUGUGGAUGCCGAGGUAUACUGUGCCUCAGGCAUCAUGUUGGUGACCUGGGACCCCAACAUGGAUGUCCAGUUCUUCCUGGUGGAUGCAGUGACAAAGGGAGGGAGAAGCCACUCCUGCAACACUACAGACACCCAGUGCUUCAUCACCAGUCUGCCCUGUGGAGAGAGCUUCUCUGUCCAGGUCACCGCUGCCAGAGGAGGCUGCCACAGCAUGCCCAGUCAGGCCCUCAACAUCUCAUCAGGUACGGUUGGGUCACCAGAACGCCACAUUGGUCAGUUGUUUGUCAUCAGAAUUAGCCAUCAGCUAUUGUGUAGCCACUAAUACAUAACCGAUCUACAGUUUGAUUCCUGAACAUUUGAUUAGAUUGAUGGAAACAGAAUAGCUACUUUUAUACAACAUAUGUAAAGUUCUAGAUGAUCCAUGAUCCCAGAUGAGAUACUUUUUUCUGACUUUAAACCUCCCUUCAAACUUCCCUACUAAAAAACAUAUUCUCUUCAGUACUAUUGCUCCAGUGUAUCUAACCAUCCCUUCCUGUCUUUCUACCCAGCCCCGUGCAUGCCCACGGGGGUGAACGGUAGCCAGGACUGUGUGACCAACAAUGCCUGGGUGUCCUGGGCCCCUGCCCUGGGGGUGGACAGAUACAUGGUGACCGCUGAUGGCGUGGGGGGGUACAACUCCUCCUGCUCCACCCAUGGCUCUGACACCACCUGUGAGGUGCCUGACCUGGCCUGCGGGGUGCGCUACAACUUCUCGGUUACUGCUAGCAACGGACAGUGUGAUAGUCCACCCAGUGCGACCUUCGACCUCGAGACACGUAAAGAAUGGCAAUGUCACCUGGGUCAAGCUUGGAUGAACGGGGCUAUUUUGCUGGGAUGUAGGGUUUUUGGGAGUUGGGUGGGUUGGUCGUUGGUGUAAAAAGAAAUAUGAGUGAUAUUCAGUAACUCUUGGAGGACAAUAUAAGUUGACUGGGGACAUUAUAGUAAUUAUUUUAACCUAUUUCACUGGCUAUCAUAUUGUCUUCCACUGUCUUAUUAUUAGUGUCAUGCUAUAUUUCCCUCUGAAAAUCAAUAACAAAAUAUAUGUUUACCUCCAGCUCCCUGCGCCCUGGCCAGCAUCACCGCCUUCGCCCAGUGUCAUAACUCCUCCAUCCUGGUCCUGUGGGAGCCCAUGGUGGGCAGCGUGGGAAACCCUGUGUACAUCGCCACGGCGGAGGCCAGCGACCGCAGCGUGCUGACCUGCAACAGCUCUGCCAGCAGCUGUGACCUGGAGGGGGCGCGCUGUGGCCUGCACUACACUGUCAUCGUAGCGGCAUCAUCAGACAGCUGCACCAGCCGGAGGAGUCCUCCUUAUAGGAUCAGCAUGGGUAGGUUUCAUGGCUGUAUUAAGAGUCAUAUCAGGUCCCGUAUUCACAAAGCAUCUUAGAGUACUGAGUGCUGAUCUGGGAUCAGGACCUGCCUGUCCACACAGUGCCUUGCAAAAGUAUUCAUUCCCCUUGGGGUUUUUCCUAUUUUGUUGCAUCACAACCUGUAAUUUAAAUGGAUUUUUAUUUGGAUUUAAUGUAAUGGACAUACACAAAAUAGUCCAAAUUGGUGAAGUGAAAUUUAAAAAAUUACUUGUUUCUAAAAAAUACAUUACGGAAAAGUGGUGCGUGCAUAUGUAUUCACCCCCUUUGCUAUGAAGCCCCUAAAUAAGAUCUGGUUCAACCAAUUACCUUCAGAAGUCACAUAAUGAGUUAAAUAAAGUCCACCUGUGUGCAAUCUAAUCAUGAUCAAUCAUGAUCUGUCACAUGAUCUAAUUAUAUAUACACCUGUUCUGAAAGGCUCUAGAGUCUGCAACACCACUAAGCAAGGGGCACCACCAAGCAAGCGGCACCACAAAGACCAAGGAGCUCUCCAAACAGGCCAGGGACAAAGUUGUGGAGAAGUACAGAUCAGGGUUGGGUUAUAAAAAAAUAUCUGAAACUUUGAACAUCCCACGGAGCACCAUUAAAUCCAUUAUUAAAAAAUUGAAAGAAUAUGGCACCACAACAAAACUGCCAAGAGAGGGCCGCCCACCAAAACUCAUGGACCAGGCAAGGAGGGCAUUAAUCAGAGAGGCAACAAAGAGACCAAAGAAACCCUGAAGGAGCUGCAAAGCUCCACAGCAGAGAUUGGAGUAUCUGUCCAUAGGACCACUUUAAGCCGUACAGACCUGGGCUUUACGGAAGAGUGGCCAGAAAAUAGCCAUUGCUUAAAGAAAAAAAUAAGCAAACACGUAUGGUGUUCGCCAAAAGGCAUGUGGGAGACUCCCCAAACAUAUGGAAGAAGGUACUGGGUGUCCUGGGCCCCUGCCCUGGGGGUGGACAGAUACAUGGUGACCGCUGACGGCGUGGGGGGGUACAACUCCUCCUGCUCCACCCAUGGCUCUGACACCACCUGUGAGGUGCCUGACCUGGCCUGCGGUGUAUCAAUUUUAAUUCCAGGUUGUAAGGCAACAAAAUAGGAAAAAUGCCAAGGGGGGUGAAUAAUUUUGCAAGCCACUGUUUAAUCAUAUUCAUUAGGAUCUAAAAGACACAACCGAUCCUAGAUCAGCACUCCUGCUCUGAGACACUUUGUGAAUACAGAACCUGGUACUCUGUACUAAAGCUGUUCCAGAACAGGGUUUAUAAGUUGUUAUAACAGUUGUUAUAACAGUGGUCAUUAUAGUCAACAUGGUUAGUGUCCUUGCUUGUUCUAGUUAUCUAUCUAAAGAGUAUCUCUGAUCUCUCACCCUCCUCCCUCUCUGUUUCUCUCAAGAACCAUGCCCCCCCCAGGGUGUGGUCAUCAGCUCCCCCUGUGAGUCCCACGGAGCUCACGUGUCCUGGACCACGUCCCCUGUGGCCGAGACCUACCUCAUGACCGCAACGGGUGGAAACGGGGACGUGCGGUCCUGCAAAACGACCGCCAACAACUGCUCCCUGUCUGAGCUGCAGUGUGGUCAGCAGUACGCUAUCUGUGUGACCGCCAGCCACGAGAACUGCUCCAGUGGCGCCAGUCAGAACGUCACCUUCAAUACAGGUACGCAUCACACAAACAUUAGGUGUGUAGGACAGACAGUAUGAUGACAUGCUCCAUGUGCUUCUGCCGAAAUCUAGUGGACUAUUUAGGGAAUGUGGUGUCAUCAUCUGCCAUUUGACCUUUCAACUUUGACCUUUCUCUCCUUCAGUGCCCUGCCAGCCAGAAGGUCUGUCCGUGUUGGUCCAGUGUGCCAACCACUCUGCGUUGCUGUCGUGGACAGUCAGAGGUGGCGUUGUGGACUACAGGGGCUGUGGCCAGGCUGAGGAUGGCACCAUGCUUUACUGUGAGAGCACAGGGACCUCCUGUGCCAUCGGAGGGUUGGAGUGUGGUGCCCAGUACAACUUCUCUGUUCAGGCCUCAGACGGGACCUGCAACAGCUCCUUCAGUGAGCCUCUGCUGGCCGGAGCAGGUACUGCACAGUCAUCAUAUUGUACAGUCAUCAUAUUGUACAGUCAGCAUAUUGUACAGUCAUCAUAUUGAUCAUUGAGUAGUGAUAGUUUUCCUUGGUCUUGGGAGGAUAACUCAACUUAGAGGCUCUCUCUCAAUUGAUCUUUUCUUGAUUCCUGACAUCUUCUCUCCUCACCUCCUCAUCAAAAACGCAUUGGAGAGGAAGGUCAGAGAGGAAGGAACAUGUUUAGAUCUGGUAUUUGUUGACAGUAUGUCCUUCCUCUCUUCUGUAGCUCCCUGUCCCCCAGAGACCAUGGCAGUGACCAUGUUCCCCAUGCAGAACCAGACCCAGUUUUUGCGUGCUUCCUGGACCCAUGUGAUCUGUCCCAACGUCCAAUACCUGCUGGAGGUGACCGGAAGCAUCCUGGGAGACAGCCAAUCCCAGUUCGAGCUGUCUUCCUAUUGGACCAGCUCCAGCUUCUUCGAGCUGCUCCUCCCCUGUGGCUCGUCCUAUAGCGCGACAGUGAGGAGCAGGAACUUUGCAGGCGACAGCGCCCCCUCUGCAGCCAUCACUGGAACCACAGGUACAGCAAGAGACCUAACGUGGGACAGAUGUGCACAAGUCAUUGAGUUAGAUAGAGGACUCAUGUUUGUAUCUGUGCCAUUAUGGUGUCUGUGACAGCAUCUACAUUUUAAAGUAUUCAAUUUUCUUAUUUUGUCCUCAAUCUAUCUCUAUGGCAUCACUCACAUUUCACUCCAAUCUCUGAUGUCAGUGAAAGAUGUGUUAAAGUCAUGACAUAACAUAACAUUACUAGGACCCAGAGUUUUUCCUGGUGAGGUCAUAUAGACCUUGCCCUAAACAUAACACAACUCAACCACAACCAUAACCCUAACCAUAGCAUUCCAUCUCUCUCCAGCCCCUUGCCCUCCACCGGUGGUUACCUACAGUGGUUCCAUCUCCUCGGCCACCAUCUCGUGGAAUGCAUCCGUCUACGCCACCAUGUAUACGGUGUAUGACAUCAGUGGCGCGGUGCGGAACCAGGUGUGCAGCACGGUACAGCUGUCCUGUUCCCUGGCCAACCUCAACUACAACAACCUGGAGGUCACCGCUAGCAACACGGCCGGGGAGAGCGACCCCACCAGGGAAAUAACAGGUAGGAACCAACCCAGACAGUUGUGUUUGGAAAUGUGACCGUUUGUUAUUGAAAUAGGCUGAAGCCAGCGCCUUCUUCUGCAUCAAUGUUAAUCACUGUCUCUUAAUAUGAUGUUAAUCAAUGUCUCUUAAAAUGGUUCUCAUCUACAGUGCAUCACUUGAGGAGAAGGAGAGAUCUCAGUGAAGAAGAGAUGAUCUCAGAGACGAGUGAGUAAUCAGUGCUCUGCUCUAUUUCACAAGUGGACUCAAUGAUACAGGAAGCCAACAUUACAAAGUGGUUUUAACAAAUCAAUUCAAUAAAUAAUUCAAUUCAUACUCAGACCACUCUCCUUGCCUCCUUCAUCAGGUCUGUCCAAGCCCGUGGUGCGGGUCACCGUGGAAACCCCCAACGUCCUCCUGGUGGAGUGGUCCCCCGUGAAGGGGGCCGCCUACUACACCCUAGUGGUGCGAGAGCAGAGUUCUCGCCCCCGCCACGCCAGCCGCCCCCAGAUACUGACCGUGUACGGCGAGAGCUCCAUCGUCGCCAACCUCAAACCUUCCUCCACAUACUGCUUAUCCGCGUCGGCCCACACUGAGGACAGGGAGGGGCCCUACUCAGAGCCUGUGUGUGUGGAGACUGUGGCCCCUGCAGUCAAGAUGUGA